AUGCCACGGUCCUUAAGGACCCCCGGGGACCUGAGCUCCCUACCCGAAGAUGUGGUCCAUGGUGCCAGGUCCAGGAGGGUCACCCAACGAGGCCGGAACACCUGCAGGGCGACAGAGGACUCCUCCCCAAACACGAAUGACACCUUCCCGUUGCCUGUCGGCAUCAAUGCCCCAGCCCUGAACCUGAUUCAGUGCAUGCUGGGAUGUAUGUCCUGGCUCACCUAUGUGGCCUGUUUCCUGAGAACGCAGCUUCAGCAAGUCCUGUCCAACACCUGCAAAUGCAAGAUGCUCUGCCAGAAGCUCAUGGAGAAGACAGGUGUCCUGGUCCUCUGUGCUUUUGGAUUCUGGAUGUUUUCUAUUCACUUACCAUCAAAAAUGGAAGUCUGGCAGGAUGACAGCAUAAAUAGUCCACUGCAGAGCUUGAGGAUGUAUCAGGAGAAGGUACGACAUCAUGCUGGAGAAAUCCAGGACCUCCGAGGCAGCAUGAACCUGCUCAUUGCCAAGCUCCAGGAGAUGGAAGCCAUGUCAGAUGAGCAAAAAAUGGCCCAGAAAAUAAUGAAGAUGAUACAAGGAGAUUACAUUGAAAGGCCGGACUUUGCUCUGAAGUCUAUAGGGGCCAGCAUUGACUUCGAGCACACGUCAGCCACGUACAACCACGACAAGGCUCGCUCCUACUGGAACUGGAUCCGACUGUGGAACUACGCGCAGCCCCCCGACGUGAUCCUUGAGCCCAAUGUGACACCUGGCAACUGCUGGGCCUUCGAGGGUGACCGUGGCCAGGUGACCAUCCGAUUGGCUCAGAAAGUCUACCUGUCCAACCUCUCACUGCAGCACAUUCCCAAGACCAUCUCACUUUCAGGCAGCCUAGACACCGCCCCCAAGGAUUUUGUCAUCUAUGGCAUGGAGAGGUCCCCCAAGGAGGAGGUGUUCCUGGGGGCCUUUCAGUUUCAGCCGGAAAACAUCAUUCAAACAUUCCCACUUCAGAACCAGCCAGCCCGGGCUUUUGGUGCAGUCAAGGUGAAGGUCUCAAGUAACUGGGGGAACCCACGCUUCACCUGCCUGUACCGUGUGCGAGUACACGGGUCUGUGACGCCACCCAAAGAGCAGCCUAACUAG